AAUUGGGGUUGGGGAGCUUUGUAAUUGUUUUUAUUUCAGUCCGGAAUAAUUCGUUAUGUGUUAAAUUUAUGUUGUAAAAGUGUAAUUUGCAUGGCUAACAGUUCAAGUGCGUAUGGUAAAGGUGGUGUUUUUUAGUGCAAGUGAUAACUUACGUUUGUGAAUACGUUAAGUGUAGGAAUUAAUAUUAUUGUGACGUAAUAUUAAAAAGGGAUUUUAUUGAGUACACAAUGGCAGAAACUAGUGAAGCAAAAGCGAGUGCCUCAGCGCCCGGUGGCGAUGCCGGCGGGGAGGAGGAGAAGCGCGACGAGCGCAUGCUGGAAUGCAACAUCUGCCUGGACACGGCUCGAGAUGCCGUAGUUAGCAUGUGCGGACAUCUUUUCUGUUGGCCGUGUCUCCACCAAUGGUUAGAAACUAGACCCAGCCGGCAGGUGUGUCCAGUCUGCAAAGCUGCUAUAAGCAGAGAGAAGGUCAUUCCACUUUACGGCAGAGGAAACACAAAACAGGAAGACCCCAGAAAUAAGGUGCCUCCCCGGCCGGCGGGGCAGCGCACGGAGCCCGAGAGCAACAGCGGCUUCCCGGGCUUCGGGUUCGGCGAGGGCUUCCACAUGUCUUUCGGCAUCGGCGCCUUCCCCUUCGGCGUCUUCACAUCAACAUUCAACUUUGGCGACCCGCGGCCGAGUGCUGCUCCCCGCGGCACAGCGCAGUACGAAGAAGAGCAGUUCCUAUCGAAGAUCUUCCUGUGGGUCGCAAUCCUCUUCGUUUUGUGGCUGAUUUUCGCAUGACCUCGCUUGACCUUCCAACCUCCUCCCGACGCACCGACACACACACAUACACCACAUUACACAACCAUACUAUGAAACGGUUCUCGAUUGUAAAAUGCUACUAUCGCAUUCAGAGUAACAAGACAUAGAGGUCACGUAAACCCGGUUCCUUUAUUCGGAAAACUGUUCGUUUUCCGUAGGAAAAGUUAAAUUUAUAGCAUGUUUUGUUGGAAAAUUAAGUUUUUGUAAGUGAAACGAAUUGUUUUCUAAAUAUGGGAAAAGGUUAUAAAAAUUGUUUUUUUAAAAUGUGG